AUGAACAUCGGCGACGUUCCUCAUGCUACUCUGAAUACGGGGGCCAAAAUGCCUUUAAUUGGUCUUGGGUGUUGGAUGGGUGAGUUCGGCGCGGGCGAUCGUGCAUAUGAGAUGUGCAGGAAAGCAAUUGCUAUUGGCUACAGGCACAUCGACACUGCUGCAGGAUACGCAAAUGAGGAAUCUGUCGGCAAAGCCAUUCGUGACUCCGGUGUCCCUCGCUCCGAGUUCUUCAUUACGACUAAGCUGCACAACGUCGACCACGACAAAGUGGCUUUGGCCCUUUCCACUUCACUGAAGGCUCUCGGUAUAGACUACGUCGAUCUCUACCUGAUGCACUGGCCGCAAGCUACCCUCACCUCUGACUGGCCGUCCAAGGCAUUGCAACCGGACGAGCACCCUACUUUCAACGAGACGUGGGCGGAGAUGGAGAACGAGUUCAAGCACGGAAAGGCGAGGUCCAUCGGGGUCAGCAACUUCAGUGUGAAGAACCUGGAGAAGUUGGAGAAGACGUGGAAGGUUGUCCCUGCCGUCAACCAGAUUGAGAUGCAUCCGUUUCUUCCGCAGAACGAGGUCAAGGCGUGGUGCGAUGAGAGAGGCAUCCAUCUUACUGCUUACUCUCCAAUUGGCCAACCAACUGCGGGAUCGAAUGCACCGUCACUAUUGAAGAAUGACUUGGUUGUCAAGCUUGCGGAGAAGUACGGUGCCACGGCGGGGCAGAUCUUGCUCAGCUGGGGAGUUCUUCGCGGGACCAGCGUCGUCCCGAAGAGCGAGAGCGAGGAGCGUCUGCGGAAGAACAUCACAGUUGUGAGUCUCGAGAAGGCGGAUAUGCAGGCGUUAGACCUACUGCACACGCUGCCUGGCAUGCAUCGUUCGCUGCUCGCCCAUGUCCCGGGGUACCAUACCGAUGGCCGUGUAUUUGGAUGGACGCACGAGCAGCUAGGAUGGCCGUUCGAUACAGAGGGUGUUGUGGUUAAGCAGUGA